GAAUAUAUAGAUUUAUAGACAAAUGUCACUUAAAAAUUUUUGAAUACAGAAAAUGUAAGAAAGCACAGCAAAUAAAGAGAUUGAAUAAUUUUGCUUCUCUCUGAUAUUAUUGUAAACGCGAGAUUAUAUAUCGUAUAGGCUGGAGAUGUACAAAUAUCCAGAUCUGUUCAUACCUAUAAUAAAAAUUGUAUGUUUGGUAAAUAUGCUAUAGUCCGACCAUGGUUGGUUUCUAAAAAGGUAGUUGUACCUGCAUACAUACCUCAGCCAUCCUAUAGCGAAUCAAAAGUACCUGAAAAUGGGCCAAUAACGCCUGAAAUAAAAGAUGAAUCUCAAAUAGAAUGUAUGAGGCAAAGUUGUAAACUUGCCAGUCACAUCCUGCAUCAAGUUGAUGCAUUGAUUAAGCCAGGUAUUACGACCGAUUUUCUUGAUGAACAAGUACAUGAUAUGAUCAUUGGUAAUGGAGCUUAUCCCAGUCCACUCAAUUAUCAUGGUUUUCCUAAGUCUAUAUGUACAAGUGUCAACAAUGUUGCUUGCCAUGGUAUUCCAGACAAUAGACCUUUACAAGAUGGUGAUAUACUCAAUGUUGAUGUAACAGUAUAUCUUAAUGGCUACCAUGGCGACUGCUCGGCCAUGUUUCAAGUAGGUGAAGUCGAUUCAGAAGGCAAACGAUUGAUAACAAUCACGGAAUUGUGCUUAAAAUCAGCCAUUGAAAUAUGCAAGCCUAAUCAACAUUUCUGUAAUAUUGGUAAUGUGAUAGAAGAUAUAGCAAAUAAACAUAAUUUUAAUGUGAUACCUGCAUUUGUUGGCCAUGGUAUUGGGACUUAUUUUCACGGUGCUCCAGACAUAUUUCAUUUCGCAAAUGAUUAUUCUGGAAAAAUGAAACCAGGAAUGACAUUUACUAUUGAACCAGUUUUGAGUCAAGGAAUGACACAGUUCGAGAUUUUGGAAGAUGGAUGGACAGCUUGCACUGUUGAUAAUUCUAGAACAGCUCAAAUCGAACAUACAGUUUUGAUAACAGAUGAUGGAUGUGAAGUACUAACACUCUAGUCCAUAAUUAUGAUUGUAACCGUUUCUAUAUAUAUAUAUGUAAAUAAUAUAUAUUAAAUGU